UCAGAAAAGUAACAGAAGAAGUGGUCAUUUGACGUCGGGCUCUGGUGAAGGUGACAGACACGGCCUGUCUACCAAUCGACGAGCUUUCGUUUCACACGACGCUGCAACCUCCUCCCAAGCAAGCCAAUCAGCAUUUAGUGUAGGGCGGGGCGAUGACGAGAGGGUAGCAACAGUUGCCCCGGUGAAGGCAUGAAGGCGCCAUAGUCACGGUAGUCCUGGCGACAAGAACCAAGCAACGGGAGUCAACAAUAACAACGUAAAUCUAAAGAAAAAACUUGAACGACUUAAAAAGGACAAUACUGGGAUAAACUAGAGCGAACUAGUUACUCAAAGCAUUCGUUGCCAUGGCAACUUCUGGAUACUCGGAGGACCUUCAGCCUCAGCAGGCCAACACGGUAACCAUAGCAACACCUGCUGCCACCACACCCUCAUCGGCAAAGACGCCACACUUCCUGUCUGAGAUCCCACCAACCUCUGGAACCAUUGCGUCGGCAAACCAAUCAGCUGCUGCCUCAAAAACAGGACAGGAUGCACUUUGUUCUCAGGCACCGCCCAUCCAGGCCCAGAGUCAGAAGGCUGUGGUUCUGACCACUCCCACACAGCACUAUGUAACUCCUGAAAUCCAGAAGAGUAAUGGUCAGGGCAACUCGCCUCAGUACAUCAUAGUGACUGUUACAGAGGGCUCCGUUCACUCCAAUGACAGCCUGUCCGACUCCAGCCCACCUGCCCCUGGUGUUCCAACUCAGGUUGUCCAGCCAGUGCAGACCACCCAGCAGCAGAGGUCAGUGUUGCAAGCGGUGUCGCAGGCGGCCAAGAGGAUUCAGACUGGCCACAUCAACAACCUGCAGUCUGUGCACAUCAACCAGGAGGUGGAGCAUGUGUACUCUGGCCAGGUGUACGUGGAUGGAGGAGGAGACACAACAUUUACUACAUCCACAAUCCGAUCAAGCACCUACCCUUUCUCGGACUCGCCCCUCUACUCCCAGACCCCUCCUGCCUCCUCCUCAACCUACUAUGAGUCCACGCCCAGCUCUGAGUCAGACAUCACCAGCUCUGUGACCUCGCAGCCAGUCUCUGUGGCAACAGCAGGAGCCAAUAGCGGGGGAGCGGCUGCGAGCGGAGGGGGCUAUGUCAUUCAGGGAGGUUAUGUGUUAGGAGGAGUAGGAGGGGGAGGAGGAGCGGCAGCCGCAGCAGCAGGUGGAGGAGGGCAGAGUUACUCCAGCCCUAACUCUCGUGCCCCCCCUGCUACUGUGCAGUGGCUGUGUGAUAACUACGAGGGGGCGGAGGGGGUGAGCUUACCUCGCUGCACCCUCUACUACCACUACCUGCUGCACUGCCAGGAGCAGAAACUAGAACCUGUUAAUGCUGCAUCCUUUGGCAAACUCAUCAGGUCUGUCUUCAUGGGGCUACGUACACGGAGAUUGGGGACCAGAGGGAACUCUAAGUACCACUACUAUGGUCUGAGGAUCAAAUCUGGUUCCCCUCUGCUCAGACUGAUGGAUGAACAACAGCACAUGGCGAUGAGGCAGCAGCCUUUCACGCAGAAAAACAGGCUAAAGCCAGUUCAGAAAACACAGGGGAUCACCAAUGGCACAUCAGGUGGGAUAGGGCAGCAGCAGGCGACGGCGCUCUGUGAUAUUUCGGCACAGGUGCAGCAGUAUCAGCAGUUUCUGGAGGCAUCAAGGCCACUGCCUGACUUUGUGGACAUUGAUCUCCAAGAUCGAACUCUGCCCGAUGGGAUCCUUUUAGAACACCUCAAGGCCUUUCAGACUCUCUACAAAGAACACUGUGAGGCCAUUUUGGACGUCAUGGUCAACCUUCAGUUCACUCUUGUGGAGACGCUGUGGAAAUCCUUCUGGAGGUUCAGCCAGAGCAUUGACACAGAAUCACUUAACCUGCACAAUGAGUCAGAGAAGCGUCUGCCCAAAUCGUGUCUGGUGGUGCUAUGCAAGUUCGAGCCGGUGCUGCAGUGGACGAGAGAGUGCGACAACCUGCUCUACCAAACUCUGGUGGAGAUGCUCAUCCCUGAUGUACUGAGACCCAUCCCUAGUGCCUUAACUCAGGCCAUCCGUAACUUUGCCAAAAGUCUGGAGAACUGGUUGACAGGUGCCAUGAUGAACAUCCCAGAAGAGAUGGUCCGUAUAAAGGUGGUGUGUGUGGGCUCCUUCUCCCAGACGCUGCGCCGCUACACCAGCCUGAACCACCUGGCCCAAGCUGCUCGAGCCGUCCUCCAGAACUCAGCCCAGAUCAACCAGAUGCUCUCAGACCUCAACCGGGUGGAUUUCACUAAUGUACAGGAGCAGGCAUCCUGGGUGUGUCAGUGUGAAGACCGUGUGGUGCAGCGGCUGGAGCAAGACUUUAAAAUGACUCUGCAGCAGCAAAACUCGCUGGAGCAGUGGGCUACAUGGCUGGAUGGUGUCGUCUCUCAGGCACUUAAGCCCUAUGAGCAAAACCCUGUCGCCCUCCCAAAGGCUGCCAAGGUCUUCCUGCUCAACUGGUCCUUCUAUAGUUCUAUGGUAAUCCGUGACCUGACUCUGCGCAGUGCUGCCAGUUUUGGCUCCUUUCACCUGAUCCGCUUGCUGUAUGAUGAGUACAUGUACUACCUGAUCGAACACAGAGUGGCCCAGGCUAAAGGAGUGACACCCAUUGCAGUCAUGGGAGAGUUUGCUAGCACAACCAAGAGCCGAAUCUCACCGGACCCAGAGAAAGAAGAAGAAGAGGACGAUGAGGAAGAGGAGAGCGACGACGAGACUGGAGAUUUGGUGCUGCAGUCCAGCUCUCUGAGCGCGGUCGACAUGAAAGAGCCGAUGGAGCCACCUGCCAAGCAGCCCAGGACGAGUUUAAAUCUGCACACUCUGACUGAGACCCACAGCACACCACCUUAGUCACUCAUCUCACACACUUUACACACAUCUGUUACUUUAAGUUUAACAUCAUGUCAUCCCAUUCUCAUGUCAUCCUGUGUGCUUCUGGUUUGCAAACAGAUGAUGUUUUGUGUUGAACGUGUGGUCACCUGGUGUGUGUGUGUGUGUGUGUGUGUAAGCAUGUGAGACAUUUGGAGAGCCUUUUGCCAAAUUUGUAUCUCGUACUUUUGUGCUGCCAUUCUUUUCCUCUUUG